CCACCGAAUCAUUUCCAACACCGUCGUCGAACGCGAGCGCCGGUCUCGCACGUCUGUCCGUUCGCGAUUUUCGUCCGCCGUCGAGAUCGUCGCGUGCCUUACGGUAUUAUAAUAAUAAUAUUGCAAUAUUUUCGCAUCGUCGUCAGAUUCGCGCCGCGCCCUUUAAACGUUUGCUGGUUUUUAUUUCGUGUGUGUGUAUGUGUUUUUUUUUUUGAUUUUUUUUAAAAGAAAAGUUUUUCGUCCUCGUCCGGGAAAACCGAAAUCGUAUCGCGAGUGUGCGUCAGUGUGGUUUUGUUUCGUUUGGUGUUUUUUCACUGCGCAGUUAUUCACUGCAGAACCCGCGGAGAUCAGCAGCACACCGCCAUGAUGACCGCCGCACUGCACUCCGGACUUUAAGAGAGAUAUUUCAGUCGCUACCACGUCGUUUUAUUGUUCCAUGAAGAAUAAUGGCUCUCGCACCGUAGUCUGCGUUUUGAAUUUUACGUGAUCAUACACGGGAAAGUAACUAAACAACGGCAUUAACGAUUCGCAGUUUAUUCAUUAAUAUUCCAAUUCAAUCGAACAACGGUUUGCAAACACAGAAAUCACCACCAUGGUUCUAAGGCACGGAUUUUGCCGCCAGUGCUCCGACAUGCUGUUCGUCGUCUGCACAAUUACUAUCGUCAUUACAGAUGUAUCAGAAUGCCUGUUGAGCAAAUCAAACAAACAUCAAAAUAACUUGGGCGAAUUCUCGGGGAAACCUGAUCUACCGUACUUCGAUAAAGCCGCGUCGAUAAACGUCACGUCGCCUUUGGGAAAAACGGCCUAUCUCAACUGCAGAGUCAAAAAUCUUGCCAACAGAACUGUAUCCUGGGUCAGACACCGGGACAUUCACCUGUUGACCGUCGGCCGGUACACGUACACCGGCGACCAGCGUUUCCGGUCAAUCAAUCAACCGCCUAGCGAAGACUGGACUCUCCAGAUCAAGUACCCGCAGAUCAGAGACUCGGGUAUCUACGAAUGUCAGAUAUCCACCACGCCGCACAUUAGCCAGUAUAUUCAUCUCCAAGUCGUCGAACCUCGUACUGACAUUAUUGGAGGGCCGGAAAUAUUCAUUGAUCGAGGAAGUACCAUUAACCUGACAUGUGUCGUGCUACAUAGCCCGGAACCGCCGUCUUACAUAUUUUGGAAUCAUAAUAAUGCUAUAAUCAGUUACGAUUCACCCAGAGGAGGCGUGAAUGUUGUCACUGAAAAAGGAACGGUCACCACAAGUCAUUUACUCAUACAAGAAGCCCGGGUCGAGGACAAUGGCCGAUAUCAGUGCAACCCGUCCAACUCACAACCAAAGUCCAUCAACGUACACGUGUUGAACGGAGAGUACCCGGCGGCGAUGCAACACGGCGGCCAAGCUCACCAGAGGACCACUCACAUGUAUUGCUUGAUAUUCUUCGCGUGCAUGCUGUUGCACGUGUAAACGAGCGGCGACGUCGACGGGAUGAGCGCAUACGCAAAACGACGUGAUCGUAGCGCCGCGCCGAAAGGUCCGAUGAGUGUCGUCUACAACUCCGUUUCGAUCCGUUCGAUCCGCAUCGGUCCUGAUCUAUUUUUGUUAAUAUUAAUAAUAUGUUUUUGUAUAAAUCAGAGUUCUGCACACACGUGCGCGCCGGCGCGAUCUCGCUUCGAUCCUGUACCACAUUUUAUUAUUAUAGCAUAUGCCAUGUGAGAUGUGACGGGUGACGACAAAUGCCGGCGAAAAAAGCGUUUCGAGUGCGUGCGUGCGUGCUUGUGUGUGUGUGUGUUUGUGUGUGUGUGCGUAUGUGUUUUUUUACGAUAUCGAUACGACGUGGGCAAAAAAAUAACCCCCUCCCCCCCCAAAACCUUCCGCUGACGGGUUGUAGCAAUUUAAAAAACAUAUAUAAUGUAAUAUAAUAUAUAUAUAUGUAUGUAUAAUUUACUGCGUUCGACGACGGCCUACCGAGUGAGAUGGAGAUCGGAAAAAAAAGAAACUGUAAUUUUAUUAUUUUUUUAACGACGGCAUCCGCCGCAUUGCGUCAAAAGCGCUAUUAUGUGUAAAAAUAUGCGCACGUGUGUGAGAGUACUACGACGACGACGGGUGACAUGGGCGAACUGUGUUCACCUUGUCGCGGCGGGCGAACGCCGUCAAACGUGGAAAUUCGACGGUUCGAUGAUCACGGGAACUCCUGCUUUUCCCCCUACCGGUUCGGUAAGAAUAAAUAUAAAAUAAUCCGUACCACACUCAACCCCUUCAAGCCCUCCACCUCCCCCCCACGCGCGCCUCGACCCCUCAAGUGAACCGUGCAUUUAACUUUUAUUACACACUCCGUCGUCGUCGUUCGAACUUCCGCGUAAAACACCCGCCGUCAUCGACCGAAAUUAUAAAAAUAUUAUUUUUCCCGCUCUUCUCCGUAAUACGCUCGCGACGACCCGACGUCCGUGUUACGGGUUCCCCGACAAGCCGCGACAAUGGUUAAACUCCAAAACACUCGACGUAAGCCCCUCCAAAGUCGGGGGAUUUUUCCGGGAACUUCUUCCGCGCCGUUUCACUUUCGCCCAGACGUCCGUAUAACAUCGCGCGACUCGAACGCCCUCGAUCGUCGGCCAACUCCGGUCGCGUGUUAAAAAAAUAACGUGUAAUUUUGUAAAAUAUAAUAUUAUUAUAUUAUUAUCUAUCGUCAUUAUAGAAAAACGUACUAUGUACAUUAGCGUUACGUAUACUUAACGAGUCGUUAUAUAUAUAGUUUUGUUGUGAAUAAUUAUUAUUGUCAAUGAUUUUUAUUUUUUUUUAGAAUAAUUAUUUAUUGUAAACCAAUCGAUUUGUCCAUCAUCAGAGUUUAAUAUUAUUAUACAUAGUAUCGUAUUAAUGUAUUAUAUAUUUAUAUCCCAUUCGGUAGACUCGCACACUAUUUUUAGGCGACUUCAAUAUAUAGGUACCGAACGAUAAAUCAUUAACCCGUUCGCUGGUUAAUAUUUUAAUUAAUACCAUUUUGGGUAUGCAUGUGACGCGUACUCACGAUUAUCAGUGUGUAGAACUAUAAUUAUUAUAUUAUAAUAAUAAUGUG